UUAUCAUGCUCCUCAAAUUGCUCAUUCUAGGGCUCAUCGGUGUCAGUCGGGCGUUGGACGUUGUCACACCCUAUAACAACAAGGUCAUAUUCUCGCCCCCAAGCAAUUGGCCCAUCCCUCGUACCCUCUACGCUCGCUCUGUUCUCAUAGCCCAAGAUGGUGCGGACCAAAACGUCCUCCUAGCCACCUGGGAAAACUAUUCUCCUCAACCGCCCAAUGUCUGGUUCCCCGUUUAUCGCUCUACAGAUCUUGGACAGACUUGGAAGCCACUCUCCAACAUCACGGAUACGCAGAAUGGGUGGGGAUUGAGGUAUCAGCCGUACUUGUACGAGCUCCCAUCAGCGAUUGGCAGUUUCCCGGCCGGGACUAUCAUCGCCGCUGGGAAUUCGAUUCCACAGGAUUCGAGUCAGACGAGGAUCGACGUCUAUGCAAGUACAGAUAAAGGUCGGACUUGGAAGUUCGUGAGCCACGCCGCUUCAGGAGGCCCAGCGAACGGGGGAACGCCCAUAUGGGAACCUUUUUUCCUCACUUACCAAGGUCAACUCGUAAUCUAUUACUCGGAUUCCCGUGAUUCUCAAGCUCAUAGUCAGAAACUCGUGCAUCAAGUAACGACCAAUCUCGUUAACUGGGGACCCGUAGUCGACGAUGUUGCAGACUCUAAAACCUCUGACCGGCCAGGCAUGGCCACCGUGGCUGCCCUCCCCAACGGCAAAUAUAUCAUGACCUACGAAUUCGGCGGUGCCCCCGAAGUCAACUUCGCAGUUUAUUACCGAAUCUCAGAUUCACCUCUUACCUUCGCAUCUGCCACUGGACACAAUAUAAAGGCAACUACAGGUCAACAAACUCAGAGCUCCCCCACGGUCGUUUGGACUCCGUAUGGUGGUACAAACGGGACUAUCGUCGUAUCUGCUAAUAACAGCGGUGGGCUCUGGAUUAACAAGCAACUCGGAGCCGUAAAUUCGCCCUGGACACUUGUCUCCACGGGUGCGGCAGGUGGAUAUGCUAGGGAUCUUAAGGUGUUGCCAACGAAUCAACAAAUAUUUCUUGUGGUAGGGGGGGUUUUGAGUGGAACUGCGAAUCAGGUGUUGGCUUCUGUUGUGAAUUUGCCAUGAACGAAGUUCUUGUAAUUCGCCG